AUGGGUGGAGUGCAUUGCCUCUCCAGGGGCGAUUGUGAUCGGGCGGAGGCCAAUGACGCCGUCCGAUGCCAGUGCAAGACUGCGCGUGGGCCGCUGACCUCCCAUUGCCCAGUCAUGUAUGAGGAGGAGGUUCAGCUGGAAGCGGACGGCGAAGAGUGCUCCUGCUUGUACUGGAGUCUCGUGGACGAUGCGAAGCUGCUCAAGGCCGAGCGCCUCUUGGCGCUCCACGACGGCAUCCUGGACUGUGCCAAACUGGUGGCCGCGCGGAUGGUGGAAGCAGCCGCAACCCAUGGGCUUCUUGUGUGCAGUGCCUCGAUAGCAAAGGAGGAGCACUUCGACAGGGGGCACAUGUCUCUCGAGGAUAUCAUCGUCCGAUUGGGGCAGCUGAUAUGCCGUUGGGCCAUCAGUCAGGAGCCACCCUACGCGCUGCACAUCGGUGUGCACAGUGGCAUUGUCCGGAAGCUAGUUCUCCGAAGCGGCGGAGAGGCCGUCUACGGUGAGGCCGUCUCGGAGGCGAAGCGUUUAGCGGAUUUGGCUCCACAGGACUCUUGCGUCCAGAUCCUGAAGUCGACGAAGGACAAGCUGAAUGUCUUGGAGCGCUUACCGUUUACUUGCUCAAGAGUGAAUGACUGCUACUAUUUGGAGCCUUCUGCGGAACUCCCAGAAGAGGCUCCGCCUUCUGCGGGCUACGAGUCUUUGUCACCGACAAGUGGUGGGAAGCAUUGCACCGCGGAGUUCAGGCAAAUGCUGGUCGAUCACGGUAUCGACAUCUCCAAGUUUGGCAAGGGCCAGGCUAAAACCCUGGACGAGCUGUACCGCAAUGUAGAGGUUGAGAAGAAGUCGUACUUCGUCAAGAAGAACGACUCUUUGGAGAGACGGAUGGAGCUGGUCAACAUCAGCCUUACUGUCACUGGCCAAGACGGGCACGACAUGGAGUUGAGGCUGAACUGCGAGGUUCUGAAGGACAGCACCCUGGUCAGGAGAAACCAGAGGCCCUCCUCGUUCAUUGAGGAAGGAUCUGGCUGGAAGUCGGCCGUGGAUGCCUUCUUUGCGUCCCGGCUCGGCUUACCUGCCGAGAUUCGACAGGAGCUGUUGGCUCAGGACAACGUGGUCACAGACAAGGUCGAGCGAAUCAAGUCGAUGUUUUUCCCCGGCGUGGAGACAAUGUACACGACGUACGAUACUUGCAUCCACAUACCGGAUCCCACACGACCUUCGCUUCGAGCUAUCGGCCUGCCAGAUAUGACUAGCUUCGAUACUGAAGCCAUCCCUGUGGCGAACCUUCCCAAGGCCAACUGGUCCUGGCGCCGGCGAGGCGAGGAGCUGAGCAACGAAGAGGCUUUGGAGCGGCUGCUGCAGGAGCACGGUAUCGACACCAACGAUUAUCCGCCUGGCGCGACCGCUGAGCUUUGCGACGAGCUCUAUGAGUCGCGAUAUGCCACGCUGAAUAUUCGAGCUGGCCACCUCGUUCGCAACAUCCAGAUCAUCAAGGUUUGGCUGUGCGCGACCAUCCUCAGUGUGGAUUAUGUCCUUCGCUCCAAAGGCAAGAUGCAGUUUGGAAAGCGAGAGCGCAACCACAAGGAAGGUCCUGUGACGAUGCGCAUGCGGUCCGACCAGGACUGGAAGGCCGCGGCUCUGGCGUGCCUUUACGGCAAGCUUGGCAUGGAUGAAGCUUUUGUAAAGUCGCAUCUGGUCAUCGUGGAUUCCUCAUAUCGGUUGGAUGAGGAGGUGGAGUAUUCCAGGUCAUAUCCUGGGCUCAAGACCGUGUACAAUAUCCAUACCGUCAAAUGCCGGGUCAAAGAUGUGGACAACCCGGAGAUGUCUUUUAUUGGGCUGCCAGAAGGUAACGACUUUGCGGUCACUCGGGUUAGACAAAGUCUGCGACCCUCGAAAACUGGCCGAGAGGGCGUUGUGUCGACGCUCUGGUUUUGGAAGCCUAGGAAUCAGCUCACUGAAACCGGUGACCUGUUGUAUUUCCAGCCCUGGCCUCGGGGAGGAACGAGAGGAUGCGAGAGUUCCGAAGUGCAUCUCUGCGUGUGA